AUGGGGACCGGCGGGUUCUGGGGGAGCCAGAGCGUGGGCUCAGCCAGACCUGGGCUGCUGGCAGGUCCAGCUGGAGAGGUGCGUCAGAGCCAGGUUGUGGUGGCCUCAGCUGCCACGCUGGAUGUUUACAUUUCACAAGGGAGGCUCCUACAGAAAGCAACCUCUGCCCGGGACGUUGCUGAGGACAGGAUGAUGGCCAGACUAUACCGUGUGGUAGUCACCCUACUGCUGCUGGCAGAGGUCUCUGGGUUCGAAGAAGGGGCAACCAAUCCUGGGUUUGUGGCCAGAAUCACCAGAAAAGGCCUGGAAUAUGCCCGCCGAUUCGGAGUAGCCAUCCUGAAGAAGGAGCUGUCCACAAUCAAGUUGCCUGAUUUCUCAGGAAGCUUCAAAGUCGGCUGGAUUAAAAGUGUGAGCUAUGACUUUUACAGACUGACGAUCCAUUGCUUCGAGCUCAGGAACUCGGAUUUGAGGCUACGCCCAAGGCAGGGGGUCAGAGCAUCCCUAUCCAAUAACUACAUGUUUGUCAGUGGGAACUGGAAGGUGAAAAAGGCUUUCGUCACCCUAGAUGGUACUUUCGAUGUGAAUGUGGAUGGCAUUUCCAUCUCAGUCUCUCUGAAAUUGGGCAAGGACCAGUCUGGACGGCCCACUGCCUCUGUGGCCCACUGCCGCAACUCCAUUGGCCACAUCAGCGUUGACAUUUCUGGACAACUAAGCUGGAUCCUGAACCUCUUCCAUGAAAGAAUUGAAAACAAUUUCAAAAAUAUCUUGGAACAAAAGAACAGGAAUAAUGACGGCAUCUACCCUGCAGGGCUGUUGGGAGGACUGUAUGACAUCAUACACACAGGCACUGACGAGUGCCUCAUACAGAGGAAGGGCAGAGUCAAUGGCAUCUGCGAAAUGGUCAGGAAGUCAACCACCUCUCACCUGGAGCCCUAUCUCCGGACUCUGCCAGUUAUCUCAAUGAUUGAUCAGGUUGCCGGCAUUGACUACAGUUUAGUAGAUGCUCCCGAAGUGACUUCUCAAGUCCUAGACACACCCUUCAAGGGUGAAUUCUUUGGCCAAAACUGGCACUCCCCAGCCCCCUUUGAUGCUCCGCCCAAGAAACAUGACCACAUGGUCUACUUUGCUGUCUCUGAAUAUGUCUUCAACACAGCCAGCUGGGUUUACCACCAGGCUGGGCACAUGAACUUCACCAUCCAAAACCACCACAUUCCCCUGGACUCUCCAAUCCACCUGCACACCAGCUCAUUCCGGGCCAUUAUUCCUCAGCUGGCCCGGUUGUACCCCAAUAUGGAGCUAGAGCUUGAGACAUCACCUGAAUCAGCUCCAUUCCUGAUGUUCACCCCUGGGAGUGUGACCCUCAUGCCGGUGAUAGACAUCCAGGCCUUUGCUGUCCUGCCCACCUCCUCUGACCGCAAGCCACUCUUCCAGCUCAGGGUGACAACGAACAUCUCUGCCACCAUCAGUGUGAACUCUGAUAGGAUUGCUGGUUCAGUGACCACAGGAAGUAAGCUGAAAUUGGAACUGAAACACUCCAACAUCCGUUUCAUCAACGUAGAGCUGAUGGAAGCCAUCCUCAAUUACUACGCCCUCCACACGUUAUACGCCUCUCUCAACGCAAAGCUUGAGGAGGGCUUCCCUCUCCCUCUGCCAAGGGACACCCACCUCAACAGUUUGGAGCUCCAAGUCCACGAGGAGCAGAAGCGAGACAACGUGAGCUUAAAGCCUUGUGUUGCCGCUUCCUUGGUGCGUAAUAUUUAUCGAGAUGGGAGCAGAGACCGCCCAGCCGCUAUAUGA